AUGGAAAAAAACAAUGAAAACCCGAAUAUCCCCAACAACUUCGACGCAAAGAGUUACAACCUCAGUGGAAAAAUCAUGCUCUGCGCCAUAGUCUUUCUCUUAUUCGUCAUCGUUCUAAUGCUCUGUCUCCAUAUCUACGCUCGCUGGUACCUUCUCCAAUCUCGCCGCCGUCGCAACCGUCUCCGCCGUCGCAGUCAGCUUGUUUUCUUCACCGACAAUACAACAGCCUCCGUCACUACAACCCGCGGCCUCGACGUCUCCGUCAUCGCUAAACUACCGUUAUUCUUAUACAGUCCGGAAACUCACCCGGAAAACGCCACGGAGUGUGCUGUUUGUUUGUCGGAGUUUGAACCCGGGGAAACUGGUAGGGUAUUACCCAAAUGUAACCAUAGUUUCCACACAGAAUGUAUUGACAUGUGGUUUCAUUCUCAUUCCACGUGUCCACUUUGUCGCGCACCGGUUGAGACCACAUUUGAACCGCAACCCGAGGUUGUUAUAACGGUUUAUGAACCGGGAACCGGUUCGGGUUCGAGUCACGGUUCGGUUUUGGAAAAUGAGAAUUUGAAACGGACCGGGAAAGAGAUUUGUUCGAGUUCGGUUGGGUUGAGAAGAAAGCCGUCUUUUAAGGGAGUGACCGUUGAGGUGCCUACGAGGAAUGAAGAGUGUUGUGACUCGCCGUCGUCGUUUCGGUCGCCGAUGAGUCGGAUGUUGUCGUUUAAGAGGAUGCUUAGUAGGGAAUGGAAAGGAAGCGUUGUUUCUCCUUCGUCUUGUGGUGGUGGUGGUGGUGGUUGUAGCUCGGUAGCUGAGUUGAACUUGAAGGUGGACGAGGUGAGACUCAGUGAGUUGAGUUGA